AUUGGCGUGACGCGCUAAUUUCGCUUUUUCGACCUUCAUCGCGACGUCCGGCCCCUUCCCUCGCGUUCCUGCUUCAUCUCCUUCUCACGCGCCAAAAGCACGGAAUUAGACAAGUCUUCCGCUCAGAAGCCGUUAUUGAAUCGAGAUCGCCCCAAAUGCCGUCGAUUCCGCUCCACCCGCGCGCGUCCAAUUCGCCCACACGCGUGAACAACCCUCUUCCCCAGCUUCUGCAAACCCCCUCCGGCCUCGCCCUCCUCGAACUUCAAGGCACAAUCAACAUCCCCUCGCAAGACAACCAGUCUAGAUCAUCGCCCGAUAGCCCUCGCGAUCCUAAUGCUGCCGUGUUCGAGACCCCAAUCGGCAGACUCAUGUUCCCAGACUACUCGCCACAGUUUACGGCACCAGAUGACACGAAAUGGAUGAAGAGAGUCUAUUUGUACGUUGGACGAUACCAGCGAAUGACCGGCGAAGUGAAGAAACUACCACAGCCCCUGGCCCUUGUGCAGCGGAGGCAGAAGGAAUCGGGUGCUGCUGACGAUGGCGAGGAGUUGGAGAUCGUUGAGGUCGUGAAAUACAAGAUCUUCUUCAAGAGUAGGCCGGAGCCUGUCAAUGACAUUUGAGGGCAAGAUGUUCGCUGUUUGAAGCCGGACAAUUGGAUACCUCGGCGGUUUUGCGCUACACAAACUGGUUAUGGCGCUGGACUAGGGAAACACACCGGUUGAAGUUCGGACCUCAGGCUGUCCGUGCUGGUCCGGUAUCGAGGCUACCGUGGCUCUUGUCGGCCGUUCAGCGCUGAUUCGAGUCAUAGAUAUGUCAAUGGCUGAACUUUAUGCCCGGUUCACUGAAGGCGGUGGUGGGAGUUAAUCUCGC